UAGGUCCUUCCCGCUAACCCGAGUCCGAAUCAGUGAAACUCGCCCACGCCUCGCUUCUCUCUCUCUCUCAAACCCACCGGCCACCACGUACCAAUGCCCAUUCGACGGCCGCUCCUCCGCAAACCGCCGAACAGCCACUCCCUUCUCCGACGGGAUCACCUCCCUCGACCGAACCCAUGUCUCAUCCGCGGCAUCUCCACCCUCCAAACCUCCGAGCUCGCCCCCGCUGCCUCGGAGCAGUCAGCUCCCUCGACCUCCAUGUCGGACUCUCUCCUGGCGGAGAAGAUCCUCCUCAGCCUAAAGCAAGGUAACAUCAGGGACCGUCGAAACUACUUGUCUCGCUUGAACCCGUCGACCGUGGUCGAGGUGUUUCGGCGGCACCGCGAUAAUCUCCACUUGGCCCUGAAGUUUGUCGACUUAGUUUCGCUCAACCACCCUGGUUUCAAGCACUCGCCCAAGUCUUUGAGCGCGAUGGUCCACGUGUUGGUUCGCGGCAGGAGGUCGUCGGAUGCGCAGGGUUUGAUUCUCAGGAUGGUUAGGAAGAGUGGCGUCUCGCGUGCGGAGAUUGUCGAUUCUUUGAUCGAUGCUUCCCGCGACGGUGGGUCGGGUUGCGCGGUGUUCAGUUUGUUGAUUAGGACUUACGUGCAAGCUAGGAAGUUGAGAGAAGGAGCCGAGGCCUUUCGAUUGUUGAGUAGUAAAGGGAUUCGUGUUCUCAUCGGUGCUUGUAAUGGUCUCCUUGGCGGGCUUGUGAAGGCGGGGUGGGUUGAUCUGGCGUGGGAAAUUUAUGGUGAAGUCGUUAGAAGUGGUGUUCAAGUAGAUGUCUACACUCUUAACAUAAUGGUAAAUGCAUUGUGUAAAGAUGGUAAGAUGGACGAGGUUAAAUCAUUUCUACUGGACUUGGAGGAGAAGGGUGUUUUCCCAGAUCUUGUUACUUAUAAUACUCUGAUUAAUGCUCGUUGUAGGGAGGGACUAGUGAAGGAAGCUUUCGAGUUGGUGAAUUCAAUGUUGGAGAAGGGCAUGAAACCAGGCCUAUACACCUAUAAUGCCCUUAUCAAUGGAUUCUGUAGAAAUGGAGAAUACACUAGAGCUAGAGAAAUUCUGGAUGAGAUGUCAGAAAAAGGUGUGAGCCCUGACAAUUCCAGUUUCAAUACCCUGCUUGUUGAGAUUGGUAGAAAAGGUAAUGCUGUGGAGGCUGAAAAGAUUUUCGAAGAAAUGUCACUGCGAGGUGUGCUUCCUGAUUUAGUUAGCUACAGUUCGAUAAUUGGGGUGCUUUUGAGAAGUCACAAUCUUGACCGGGCUUUAAUGUACUUUAGGCGCAUGAAAAGUGCUGGGUUGGUGCCGGAUGGUGUAAUUUAUACCGUCCUCAUUGAUUGGUACUGUAAAAAUGGCUUAGUCUCAGAGGCUUUGAGGUUGCGGGAUGAAAUGCUGGAGCAAGGCUGCUUCGUGGAUGUAGUUACAUUUAAUACUAUAUUGAACGGUUUGUGCAAAGACAAGAUGCUUGUGGAGGCAGAUCGGCUCUUUCAUGAGAUGGAAGAAAGGGGUGUGUUUCCUGAUUUUUGUACAUUCACUACACUAAUUAAUGGGCACUGUAAGGAUGGGAAUAUGAACAAAGCAAUGAGCUUGUUCGAGACAAUGUCUCAAAAAAACCUAAAACCUGACAUUGUGGCAUACAAUACACUGAUUGAUGGUUUCUGCAAGGUGGGUGAAAUAGAGAAGGCUUAUCAAAUAUGGGACGAUAUGAUCAAUAGUGGCAUAAGCCCAAACCACAUUUCAUACAACAUUCUAAUAAAUGGUUUCUGUAGCGCGGGAGCUAUUGCUGAGGCUUUGAGAUUGUGGGAUGAGAUGGUUAAGAGGGGUAUUCGACCUAGUCUCAUCGGUUGCAACACUAUAUUAAAAGGUUUUUGCCGGUCUGGGGAUGUAUCCAAGGCAGACGAGUUCUUCAGCAAAAUGGUUGCGAAAGGAAUUCUUCCGGAUAGCAUUACUUUCAACACUUUGAUCAAUGGAUUUGUGAGAAAAGAGGACAUGGAUAAAGCUGCUGAACUGGUUAAUAAAAUGGAGAACAUGAGACUGUUGCCUGAUAUAUUUACGUACAAUGUCAUUUUGGGUGGUUUCUGUAGGCAAGGCAGGAUGCAAGAAGCUGAGCUGGUAUUGAGAAGGAUGAUUAAUAGAGGUGUGAAUCCCGAUAGAUCUAUAUAUUCAGCGUUGAUAAACGGCUAUGUUAGCAAGGAUGACUUGAAGGAAGCAUUUCGGUUCCAUGAUGAAAUGCUGCAGAAGGGAUUUGUACCAGAUGAUAAUUUCUAGACCUCAUUCAGGGGACUGUCAAGAACAAGCUUUUGGGUUAUUGUGCUUGAGGUAUACUGGACUUCUUGGAGCUAUUUCCUCUUUUGCUCAAGUCAUGAGAUUCUUCUUCUUAAGAAUGGAAAUCAGAUUCCUUCACGGAUGGAAGUGUGGGUCGAGAAACAAAAUGACAGGUUGGAGAAUUGCAAGCAGCAUCCUAGUUGUUCUUGCAACUUUUAUGACUGAAUUAUACAACAUGGGGGUGAUGAGUUUCGUUUGAUAGAUUGGCCAAUCGCCGGAGCUGUUCUAUAUGUGGAAGAUAUUAAUGGUUCUGGAGAACCUUCUGAUUUUACUAUAACAUGUUCUCUUUUGGCCAAACUAAGUUUCACAGUAUAAAUUACAUAAUGUUCUGUUAUGUCAAAAAGUUUGUGAUUCUUUCUAUCUGUUUAUGCUCAUUCUGAACAUUCCUUCACCAGAUCCUUCCUUUUGCUUCCCUACAUCUACAGGCUAUUAAGCUGCAGUCUUUUUGGUAUCUAGAUUGGAAUUAUCUUUCAUAAUUGAGGGAACAGAUAAUAUGGUUUCAUAAUUGUCUAUCUCUGGGUCGAUCUAUGUUCACCUACUUAUUUCCUUCUAGUAAUUGUUUUUUAUGUUUUUCUUUUUUACUCCCUUGUUUCUUGGAUACAAAUAAUCCUUGGAUUUGAAAUCGGCUGCUAGAUUCCCACUUUGUGCAUAAUGGAGAUGUUCUGACAUGGUCAUUAACUGAAAUUCCUGCAAGCCAAUUAACCCUGGGAAACGCUAUCUGAAUUGUAUGAGCCAUCAGAGGAUUCACCAAUUGAGCAUUGUCUUGAGAUCUGGAAUUCGGCAAAAGAACAAGCUUCUCCUGGAUUAUGGCUGAUACUUUGUGGUCUGAAAUCUUUCCCAAAACCUGAAGAUGUUGGCACCCGACGGGUUGUUUGGUAGGAAAAAAAACUACUUUAGAUUGUAAAUGAGGCUUUAUUGAAGAUGCCUUCGAUUGUUUCAGACUUCAGUUACUUACCUGAUGUAAGGUUUCCUGGUGAAAAAUCCCAUCUUGUAUCAUGGAGGUCGGGAGGAGCUCAGAUCACAAUGACUAUUUGGAUGCAAACGUUAGCAAUUUCAUAACAGUUCAUGGGCUUAAGAAGCCUUAUGAGUGACUUCUUUUGGGGGCCAAAGCCUAAUGGUCAUGGGUCAUGGCAGAACAAAGCUGUGCAAUCCGACAAGAGAUCUGUGGUAAUUUCGAGACUUGACAUUCGUUUUCAUUUGUCAUAGGAUGGCCUGGAUGGUCAUGGGUCGAUGUUGUGCUAUUCAUAUCGAUAUUCGAAGAUACAACUGCCCGCAAUACAUAGAUCAUACCUUGCUUUUCAAUUCAUCUAGCUAUUGUUCAUCUUCAGUAGUCUGGAUCAAUGUUGCAUGUUAUUGGUUUUUAUUUUGUUUUGAAUAUUUUCCGAGUGAAAUGAUCAAAUAGUGAAGUGAACGGGUUAUUAGUCAA